ACGACUGUACUGGCAGCAUCCACCAACAUCUUAUCUAUUCUACCGACAGUGGAUGCAUGAUCGAUAAGCCGAAUACUGAAUAGCACAUCCCAUUCCUGACGGUACACAGCACACAGCAGCACAACAUAAACAAGCAACAAGUGAAAGCAUACUGUAUUACAAGAGCAAAACUAAUACUAGCUAGUAAGUGACGAUGGACAAGCUGUUGGACUACUCGAAGCAUCGAGCGUGUACAUCAUGUACGAGUACCAGUACUGGAAACUUCUUGGACGAGUCCCAGUCUUCUCGGCACUCUAUUACGAGUACUACGCGUUGUAGUAGUGCUACACGUAGAAGUAUAGAAGAAGCGUUGUCCACGACGGAACGAUUGCUCAGUUUGCCGUGGCAAUGUGCGGAAGACAAUGACCGCAGUACCAGUACGAAGAGGAAGCACGAGCUGGAUGCUAGCACCAGCAGUAGUAAGAGUCUGUCGUGCUCCGACCGUCUUCGUUUCAACUUGAGCUUGAAACAACGGCAAAUUCGGGGUGAACAACUACACAAAGAGUCCACCAGGAAAGUUCGUCAUGUACACCAACAACAACGUAAGUCUACGAAUACUACAAGUACUACAAGCACCACCAGCACAAGUAAGAAUCAUCCCGUCAAGAUCCAAUUUGAGCUCAAAAAGCAAAAACCACGAAGCACCAACUCAUCCACGAUCACCGAAGAUUCCACGGUGUGGAUGGAAGACCCCGAAGAUCGUUUCAUGGACGUUUCCAGCAGUGCUCAUCGAUUGCACAAGUCACUCUUGGCGCAACUGCAUGUAGCGGGACGACAGACCAAGAACAACUUUCUUCAAGACAUGUCUACUAGUACUAGCAGUAGCCAUUCGAUUUGCAAGGACCAUACAAGACGCAAGGAACCACUCAGUACUAGUAACAACAACAUCAUGUCCUCCUUGGAAGAUUCCUUUGGAUCCUUGGACUUGGACUUUGGCGCAGAUCUAGAAGUGGAACUAGACGAUCAUCAAGAUAUCAGUGAUGUGUGGGAUACUAGCAAUCAUGAGCAUCAUCGUGGUCUUGAUCAUGAUGAUCAUACCAUGCAAGAAGAUACCAUGCACAGUACCUACUGCAUUCACGAAGGGGAAGAACCGGAAGAGGAAGAAGAUGAACCACAAGACGAACCAAAUCAAGGAGAGUCAGUAUCAGAAGACACCAUCCAACCAAAGCCAAAGGAAACGAACGAGACUCUACAAGCGCCACCACCCAGCCUGCUGCCGGUAGUAACGGACCGUCUCAACCAGAGUCUACCACAACUUCCAACCACUUGGACACCCCGUCACAAGUCCAUUGCCGAUAUUGCAGGAUCUUGGAAUCAACGGAAUCAGCCAGAUCUACUCUCUUCCGCCUCACGAUCGUCAACCUCCUCGAGACCGCCCGCCAGGAACCAGUCCCUCUCUCCCGUACCUUCCAAAAGCAAAAAGAACCAGCUACACUACCUCCUACGUCAACAAGCCAACACUAGUAGCACUACUGCUGGACGACAACAACAAACACCAAGAUCGCCCAACAUGUCCUUCGCCUCCAAAUCCAAACUGAACAAACUCAAUGCGUCCAUGAGUAAUCUCCUCAAUGAAUCCAACAGCUCUUUGCUCGCCGAGUCCUUGCAACGACCAUCUAAUCAUGGAAGUCGAAAAACAUCUCGAGCGUCGUUCGCCUCCAUUCACAGUACCAACAGUCAAACAACAUCAACAAGAAGGAACCCAAACACUACUACCACGGGCAAUCUCUUUUUGGACAGUCGGUUGCGACAACGCAUGCGCAGCAACGCUCAUAAGAAGGAUGAUAGGAUGGGUAGUGGCAGUUACCAAAAUGCCCAAUGGAGUAGUAGCAGCAGUAGUAGUACAACCGCAGCUUCUACGAGAAUCAACAACACGGAAGGAAAGGCAUCGGUGUUUACUUCCAACUUGGCCAUGCUGGCAUCUCUUACUCGGGCCAAUCAGAAUCGCGACAGCACUGUUAUUCCGCCUGCACAACAACAAAACAACACUCCAGCCCACAACGAUCGCAUCCAUCAAUCAUUGAUGAUGCAAUCCAAACUGAAUACUACUACCAUGACGGCUUCUCCCCAGACUACGAAUAAUAGCAACACGAACGAACAUCCGCCACCACAGUGGAAUGCUCAAUGGAGAUCUGUAGGGCCACAACAGCAGCAGCAACAACGGACCAAACGAGCCAACAACAAUCCCUUUCUCGCCAUUAUCAACAGUCCCGUGGGUACCCAUAACCAAACGACGACUCGUACUGCCACUACACUUCUCUCCAUGAUGGACGAAACGGAAACUCCCAUGCUCUUUAACAAACGAACCAAAGUUGUCGCAUCCGACGGCAAAGUCGCUGCGAUUUCAAGAAGCAGCAGCAUGGCUUCCCUUUCAAUGAGCGGAGGUAUGGAUCAUCUCAUGAUGGAGGGCGACGACGACGACGAGUUGGCAACAACAAAGCUCGUAGCAACGCCACGUGAUCGGCAAAGUGAGGAGCAACUCAGCACGACAAGCUCUCAUCAUCGUCGUCAUCGUCACAAUCAUAAACUGGACCACCACAGCCAAAAGCCACAACGUCAGCGAAGCGGUUUAUUGCAAGAGCAACGGACCAAUCUUAGCGGCUCUCAACAUCAUCUCAAACGUACUACCAUGGACCGACGACUUGGCUCCUCGGCAUCGGCCAUCAACCUGGAUCAAAUGGCGGCCAUGAUCAGCCGGUCCACAUCCGCGGCCAAGCUACGCGGAAUGAAGCGGAACGAGGGAUCGUCGUCUCGUGCCAAUCUGAUGAGUGAUGCCAUCUUUUACGACCCCUCUCACUUUGUGACGGGCUCUCGUAUUCGACGAUAUCAAAGUUCGGGGACGUUGGCCUUUAUGCUAGUAUAGUACACAAAGGAAAUAAAUAGAUUCAUGUACAUAGAGUGUAUUAA